AUGAUGGGCUGGAAGCCCAUCCCCUCCCACGUCGGCACCAUCGUCGCCUUCCUCGUGCUGUUCGCAGUGUUCCUCUCGAUCGGCAUCUUCCUCCUCGGUGAAACCCUCAGCCAGCAGACCUACAAGGUCCGAUACGACACCUGUCCGCUGAACGAGGUCUGCGUGGUCCACAUCAACGUUUCGGCCAUGCAGGCCCCGAUCAUCGUCUCCUACGAGAUAGACGGCUUUUACCAGAACAUGCGGGGCUACUCCGACUCCUAUUCGGAUGCCCAGCUGAGUGGCAAGGAGGUGCCCAUCAGUCAGCUGUCCAAGUGCGGGCCUGCCAAGUAUAACGCCAACUUCUCGACCACCACCAGCAUCGGCGGACAGCCGCUCGACCCCGCCGCGCCGGCCUACCCUUGCGGAGUGAUCGCCGUCACCUUCUUCAACGACAGCUACAAGUUUACGAACAACCUGGUGGCGAUUAACGAGUCGGGGAUCGCGUGGCCGAACGACCGGAGCAAGCUGUACAAGGCGCCAGCCAACUGCAGCUCGAUCUGCUGGGUGGACCCGACCAACGAGCACUUCAUCGUCUGGAGCCAGAUCGCCCCGCAGAGCCACUUCCGCAAGAUCUGGGGCAGGCUGGACCAGCCGCUGCCUGCAGGCAACUACUCGAUCGAAAUCGAGAAUAACUACAACGUGAGCGGAGUGGGGGGCAAAAAGUACUUCGUGCUGUCCCAGGACACCAAGAUUGGCGGCCAGGAGCUGUUCCUGCCGAUCGUCUACCUCAUCUCCGCAGGGCUGGCCUUGUUCUUCUGCCUCUACUUCUUCAUCCACAUGGUCUGCAAAAAGAAGUGA